CUUUCACCGUCCUCAUCUUACCAUGGCUGUCGCUACCUCUGUUGCCACUCCUGUUCCUACUCCCGCCUACUCUGCUGGCCGCGCUCCGGCCAAAGAGAAGAAGAUCUAUCUUCCCGACACACUCGCUGAGUGGCCUUGGCCUCGCGCCAUCAACCCUCACUAUGCUGAAGCGAAGGAAGAGUCUCAAGCAUGGGCCGCAAGUUUCAAUGCUUUCAGCCCGAAGGCUCAGCACGCCUUCAACCGCUGCGACUUCAACCUUCUUGCAUCCCUCGCUUACCCGCUCGCCACUAAACAUGGAUGCCGCUCAGGCUGUGAUCUCAUGAACCUUUUCUUUGUCAUCGACGAGUACUCUGAUAUCGCUCCCGUCGAGGAGGUCCGCCAGCAAAAGGACAUCGUCAUGGACGCUCUCCGGAACCCACACAAACCACGUCCCGAGGGUGAAUGGGUGGGCGGUGAAGUCGCACGGCAAUUCUGGGCUCUGACCAUCACCAACGCUAGCGCUCAGUCGCAGAAGCACUUCAUCGAGACUUUCGACGAGUACCUCGACUCCGUUGUUCAGCAGGCUGAAGACAGGUCAGAGUCACGGAUCCGCGACAUUCAGAGUUAUAUCGACGUCCGCCGCAACACAAUUGGUGCCAAGCCAUCAUUUGCCCUCCUCGAGCUCGAUAUGGACCUUCCCGACGAGGUUCUCGCCCAUCCCACUAUCCAAUCACUUUCCCUUGCCACCAUCGACAUGCUUUGUCUUGGCAACGACAUUGUCUCGUAUAACCUCGAGCAAGCUCGUGGUGAUGCCAGCCACAACAUCAUCACCAUCGUCAUGAACGAGCUCAACCUCGACGUCAACGGUGCCAUGCGAUGGGUAGGCGACUUCCACAAGCAGUUGGAGAAGCAAUUCUUCGAGGCGUUCAACAACCUUCCCAAAUGGGGCAACGCGGAGCUCGACGCUCAGAUUGCAGUGUACUGCGACGGACUGGGGAACUGGGUUCGUGCAAACGACCAGUGGAGUUUCGAGAGCGAGCGCUACUUCGGGGCUAGGGGUCUUGAGAUUAUGGAGACGAAGACCCUGGCGAUGAUGCCUAUUCAGAGGACGGAGGCAUUGGGCCCUCAGCUUGUUGAUGACUCCAUUUUGUGAUUUGUUUGUUGAGAGGCGGAUGACGGACCCCGAUAGAGACAGGCUACUAUAUCAUUGUACUUUCCCUCUCCAUUGUUUAUCUGUGUGUAGACUUUUCGAGCACGCCCUAUUUGAUUCAGAUCACUAUCAAUAUUUUAUUAUAUCUCAUUCACGCCUG